GGUCAGAGCUGACGCCACGCCCCUCACCUGUCCCCCGGCAAACGGCUACUUCUUCCCUCCCUCCCUCCUCCUCUUCCCUUCCCAUCCCUUCCCUUCCCUUCCGCUGCCGUCCAGGCCACGAUGCCGCCGGCGCCGCGGAAGAAGCGCCUGCUCCGCACGGGCCUCCUCGCCGCCGCCGCCGGAUACUUCGCCUUCGUCCUCCUCUUCGAGCUUCCUUUGCUGCCCUUCUUGGCAUCCUCCCCCGCUUCCUCUUCGUCGUCCCUCCCCAUCCAGCACCCGCGCCGCCGGGAGCUCGAGGCGGCUGCGGCCUUCACGUCCCCGUUCUCCCCCGUCCGCCCCGCCAAGCAGGCCUUCCCCGCGGCCACCGCACCGGCCCCGGGCCCGCCCACGCUCCCGAUCUUCUCCUCCCUCCUCCUCCUCCCGCGGCCCAACGCCACCGCCACCCCCUUCGACACCACCGCCUCCGACGCCUUCGCCGCCGCCAGGCUGCACCUCGCGCACCUCCACUCCCCCGCGCCCAACCCCAAUCCGCCGGCCGCGUCCACAGCGUCGCGGGCCCCGACCUGCCCCGCCUCGAUCUCAGUGCUCAGGGAGCAGCUACCCUUCGACGGCGCGCGCGUGGUGGAGCUCCCCUGCGGGCUCGCGGUGGGCUCCCACGUGACCGUGGUGGCCCGGCCCCGGCCCGCGCGGCCCGAGCAUGACCCCAAGAUCGCCGAGCGCAGGAACGGGGAGGCGCCGCUCAUGGUGUCGCAGUUCAUGGUCGAGCUGGUGGGCACCAAGGCGGUCGACGGGGAGGCGCCGCCGAGGAUACUGCACUUCAACCCCAGGAUCCGCGGGGACUACAGCCGGAAACCGGUCAUCGAGAUGAACAGCUGCUACAGGAUGCAGUGGGGGCAGUCGCAGCGCUGCGAGGGGUUCGCGUCUCGCCCCGCCGAGGACACCGUUGAUGGGCAACUCAAGUGUGAGAAAUGGAUUCAGGACGAUGACAACAAGUCGGAGGAGUCAAAGAUGAAAUGGUGGGUGAAACGUUUGAUUGGUAGACCAAAGGAUGUCCACAUCAGUUGGCCAUACCCAUUCGCAGAAGGCAAGCUAUUCGUCAUGACUCUAACAGCUGGUUUGGAAGGUUACCAUGUCAAUGUUGAUGGGCGGCACGUUGCUUCAUUUCCUUACCGCACUGGUUACACUCUUGAGGAUGCAACUGGAUUGUCUCUGAACGGAGACAUUGAUAUUGAGUCGAUUUUUGCUAGUUCUCUACCUAAUUCACAUCCUAGUUUCGCACCAGAGAGAUACCUUGAGAUGUCUGAACAGUGGAGAGCCCCACCAUUGCCGACUGAACCUGUUGAGCUUUUCAUUGGCAUUCUUUCAGCAGCCAGCCAUUUUGCUGAGCGUAUGGCUGUAAGGAAGUCGUGGAUGAUGUAUACAAGGAAGUCAUUGAAUAUUGUAGCUCGGUUCUUUGUGGCUCUGAAUGGAAAAAAGGAGGUCAACGCAGAACUGAAGAAGGAAGCAGAGUUCUUCCGUGACAUUGUUAUAGUAUCUUUCAUUGAUAGCUAUGACCUUGUUGUGUUGAAGACUGUUGCCAUUGCGGAGUAUGGGGUGCGUGUCAUCCCUGCAAAAUAUGUAAUGAAAUGUGAUGAUGAUACAUUUGUUAGAAUCGAUUCAGUACUGGAUCAAGUGAAGAAAGUUCGUAGUGAUAAAAGUGUGUAUGUGGGAAGUAUGAACUACUUCCAUCGACCAUUAAGAUCUGGCAAGUGGGCUGUAACUUAUGAGGAAUGGCCGGAAGAAGUAUAUCCAAACUAUGCUAAUGGACCUGGCUACGUAAUUUCAUCAGAUAUUGCACGCUACAUUGUAUCUGAGUUCGAUAACCAGACACUUCGGCUGUUUAAGAUGGAAGACGUAAGCAUGGGCAUGUGGGUUGAGAAGUUCAACAACACGCGCCGGCCGGUGGAGAUUCGGCACGAUGUCAGGUUCUACCAGUCAGGCUGCUACAACGGCUACAUCACGGCGCACUAUCAGUCCCCGCAGCACAUGAUCUGCCUGUGGAGGAAACUGCAGUCCGGUAGCGCCCAGUGCUGCAACGUUAGAUGACAAUGGCGAAAAUUCCGCAGCUAUUUGUUUGUUCUUAGCAAAGAGAGAUGGGUGAUCAACAACUCGUAAGCACAGCUCGCUUAUGCGACGGCUGAAAAAUCUCACCAGAGAUGCUAAGGAUGAGUUCAGAGGAGAUUGCUCUUCUGGACUUGCGAUAUGAUUCGUUCAUUCUUUCUUUUGGUCGGUGGCCUGUUUUCCGCUGUUGAUUCUGACACCUGAUCCAUGUUCUUCGGAUUCUUUUAUACUUGUGCAUAUUUAUAGUUGCGUCAAAAUCUUUUGACCUAGGAAUUUUGCGGUGUUUGUGUGUAAAAAGGAUUAAAUUUCGAGUUGUUAUUUAUCUUAUACGGAGUUGUGUGGGCUGAGA